AUGAAUGUCCUCGUCUACUCUGGCCCUGAGGCGCUAACACCUUCUCUGAAGUCCUCGCUUUCUUCUCUUCAGAGUCUAUUGCGAACCAAUUAUAGUGUUCAAUCCGUCACUCCUCAAACAUUGAAAACCCAACCGUGGUCGACAUCUUGUGCACUCUUCGUCCUUCCGGAGUGUCGGAACGUCAAUUCUUCACAAUGGAUCUCAUCUCUCGACACGUACAUCGAAAACGGUGGAUCAGUGUUGUGUCUGUCCUCAGGAGCUAUCAGGAAGACGCAUCCAUCUACGCUACAAGGAAUCGAUCACAAUUCUUUACGUUUCUACCACAAGCCAUCCGGAGAUGUUAUCUAUCCUACAUGCACCAACGAUGCUAUAACAAAACCCCAUUAUACCAAUCUAAUAACUCAAGAUCUGGCAGUUAUCGAAGGCAUCUUUCAAUCGAAUAUACGUGGAUUUGAUGGAGUAGAAUCAGGUCGAGGGUGUCGAACUUUGGCAUCUUACGCAGGACAACAGGGAAAUUCUGCUAUGGCUGGCGUUGAAUUCACGAUAGGAUUGGGGAAAGUUGCAUUUUGGGCUUCUAGUCCGGAGUACACAGCGAUGGAAGAACCAGCUCGAUCCAACCUUCCUCAAAUCGACAUCAAUGAGGCUGAAAAGAGGAGAUUUUCUGUGCUACAAGCAGCGUUGCAGGAAGCGGGAAUCCGUGUUCCAUCGAAUACGAGCGAUGCCUCAAUUUCUCAUCCUCUUCCACAAUUUCUGCUCUCGUCGAAAGAAGAUGCAGUUUCGAAAGUCUUGGAGAAGAUCGGCCAGUCAAAUCUUGGUCCCAAAUCCACUCCCCUCAAGGACGAGAACGAUACAUUCCACUUCCACGAGUUUGACGAAGCUGCUCAGAUUGUGACUGAGGCACGUACUUCCGUCUCAUCAUCAAGAGAUCCAGCUAUGUGGCAACCCAAGCGAGUCAUAGUUUGCCUGGAUAGAGUCAUUCCAGACAGAAGCCUUACGCCUUUAUUCGAUCUCUCACUAUUUUUCCGGGCAUUGGCGGACGCUUCCGCAAAGGAAGGUUGGCAGAUCGAUCAGGGUGGAUGGGGAAGUGGGGAAGUGCUAUUAUAUGGUGAAGUAGUGACAAGUACACAAACGAUGUUGGAUAAGAACCCUCGACUUCUCACUAGAUUUCCAGUUCCACUUGUUUCCCUCGCGUCUCACCAGAUCGCCGGCCGUGGCAGGGGUUCGAAUUCAUGGGUAUCUCCCGCGGGCUGUCUGCAGUUCUCUAUUCUUCUUCGUGUACCAUUGAGCUCCUUCCCGGCAAACAAACUAGUCUUCAUUCAAUAUCUGACUGCGUUGGCGAUAGUCGAGGCUUGCCGGGAUGAAACGGUCCUCGGGAAACAGGGGAGCGUCAUUCGAAUUAAAUGGCCUAAUGAUCUCUAUGCGGUAUUCGGGGAAGGAGAGAAAGAGAAGAAGAAAAUCGGUGGUAUCCUCGUUAGCACCAACUUCUCGGAUGGGAAAGCUGAAAUUGUCAUCGGUUGUGGCAUCAACAUUCUGAAUCCCGCUCCGAUAUUUUCCCUCUCCCAAGUUCAGAGAGAAUCCGACGCGCCGCUGAGUAUGGAAAAGACGGCUGCUGCAAUCUUGGCCAAGUUUGAAAAGAUGUGGAGAGUCUUCACCACCGGAAGGGGUGAUUUCAGUCCUUUUAUGGAUCUUUAUCUCGAGCGAUGGCUUCACUCUGACCAACUCGUCCAUUUGACAACAGUCUCACCUCCGACACAAGCGAGGAUAUGUGGAAUCACGCUUGACCACGGGCUUUUGCGUACUCUUCCUGAACGUACAGGAUGGAGCACAGGUCAUGGGGGAUUCAUCGACCUCCAACCGGAUGGAAAUAGCUUUGACCUCAUGGCCGGCUUGAUCAAAACAAAGUCGUAA